AAGGUAAAACCUUAACCUUUGGAAAUUCAGGAAGAUAAGGAGCUAUCACCUUAAACUACCCAAACUCCAUAACUCCAUUCACCACACAACACAAAACAGAUUCUUUAAAAGGAUGGGGAGUAUGAAUAUGGAAGGAAAGAAUCUAGAGAUAUUUGAAGUUGGCCCCUGUGAAAACUACCAGCUUGGGUUCUUGAUUGGUCAGAGGUUCUCCAAACUCAUAAGAAGCAGAUUGUCCACUGACCUCAUUCUUCAAAACCAACUCCUCCCCUUUGCUCAGUCCCCGAUUUCGACCCCUCUCAUCCAUUCCUUGAGUGAAACCAACCGCAAGGCGUUUCCCGGCUACUGGGAUGAGCUCCGGGGAACUUCUGAUGGGAGCGGCGUGCCUUUUCUUCAAAUUUUACUACUCAACUUCAGAAAGGAAAUACUUCCAUUUAUUCGGAACGAGGAAACACAGCCAGAGGAUAAUAAUAAUAAUGAUGAUUGUUCGGACAUUCUUGUUGUGAAUGACUCCAUGGCCAUUGCAGCUCACAACGAGGAUGCAAAUGUCGCGCUUGUUGGUCACACAUAUUUGAUAAAGGCAACCUUAUUCGAUGGAACAACAUUCACUGCAUACACCUAUGCAGGAGAGCUGCCAAGCUGUGCUUUUGGGUUCAAUAGCCACGGAGUGGCAUUUACCCUGAAUUCGGUGCCCCCAACCGAGGAGGAGAUCGUGGCUGGUAGCAUUGGAAGGAACUUCAUCUCCCGAGACUUGCUUGAAUCGAAAAGCAUUGAUGAUGCCCUGACUGUAAGUCCUUUUUUGCACUCUCUAAGACACAGCCUAAAUCAAGAAAACGAACCCGGGAUUGAUAGAUAUUAUGGCUUUUGUGCACUUCAGAGGAUUUCCUCAUCCGAAGCAUCUGUAGGGCACAGCUAUAACUUGGUAGAUACAAGGACUAGGAGGAUUCUGAAUGUGGAGACAGCAUCAAGAUACAGAGUAUCGGUUCUUGAGGUGGGAGAAACACCAUUCUUCCAUGCUAAUAUGUACCUUCAUCUUCAUGUUAACCAGGCACAUGAUGAGAACUCACUAAGCAGGCAGAAAAGAGCAGCGUCAUUGCCAAAAGGAUCAAAAAGCGAUUAUCUAGAACUCCUGGGAGACAUGCAUGAUAACAAGUACCCCAUUUACAUGACAGGUCCAUUACUUCACACACUUUGCACAGCUGUGAUCGACAUGGAUGAAAGAACCCUGUCAAUUAUUCAAGGGAACCCAAAGAAGAACGGUGCAUCCUAUGUCUUUUCAAUGUCCUAAGUGCAGCAGCUAUAGCUAAGUAAGAGUUCAAACAAAUUAUUCACCUUGGUGUCGAUUCAAAAUCUUUAUUCCCCAACAAAUUGUGGCCUUAUUUCUAAAUAUCAGGAGAGAAUCAAAUAGGCAAGUAAAGGAUCUGUGAGGUUAAUAUUGUGAACGUGAAAUGCUUAAGGAAAUUUUAUGAUAUAUUUCAUAUGUGAACAGGCAAA